AUGGCUCCCUCUCCUCCAUCCUCCUCUCCCAGCAGUCCAAGACCCAGUCUGCGCACCAAGGCCAGCACUACCCUUACAACACCACAAUCGCCCGCUCGAUCUGACGAUGGUAUGAUUACACUGCGCUACGAAGAAACCGUGCCUGCGAAAGCUCCAAUUGCCGUCGUCACUGCCCCGCCGCGCAAGGAGCCAACAGACAUCCAUCUUGCGCUGCGACGACCGAAGACGGGAUCGGACAACGCGAAGGACGAGGGCAAGCGGGACAGUGGCCUUGCGCCGACAACCAGCUCCAGAGCCGGAAGAGAGGGCAGUGUGAAUACUACAGAUGCCAUUGAGGAGGAGGUGUCGCUGGGUGUUGAGAUAGACUUUGACAAGACUUCCACGGUGGUCAGCCCGCUACAAUCACCAACCCCAGCACCCCAUUCGAAAGUUAUCACCAAGAGCCCAAGCAUGGGGUCUGGAAGUUUGCGCUGGAAGCCCGGAAGUAGGAAGAGUAGUAGUGGUAGGCCAUCAGGUACUGCUGAGAAAACAGAGGAGGAAAAGGAAUUUGCGCCGAUUACUACGACUAUUCCCACAGAAGAGUUCAUAGACGAGGAUUUAUUAAGGACUUUGUCAUUUUCAAAGAGGGGAAGCGUGAUGUUGGGUGGUAAGAAGGCCGUAAAUGGGCAAGCAAGGCCUACUGCUGGACGCGGACAACCCAGCAUGUCUAUGCUUGUUUCGCCUACAAUUAAAUUAUUAUCUGAUGACCUUGAAAAGGAGUCGCAGAAGGUUAGGUCGAUGUAUGAGCAAGGGGCAAAUUUGGAUUGGGAGGCUGGUGCUUAUUCUGGUAUUGCUGAACGUUUAGAAGCUCGUCAGUCUACACCAGAUGCCGAGGGAUCUCAGUCAAACGGCCUCCUCUAUCCGAACGGUGCAUUUCCGAGACCAGACAGUGCUAUGUCAACAAGACUGGAACACGAAUUGGCUGGAGGCAUUGAAGAUUGGGAGGAUGUUGACGGCAAUGAUGUUGAUCGCUACGGCUUCAUUGAUAUGCGCCGGAAGAACUCGAGACCUGGAACACCAGAACCGAGGCCUCCACAACGAGUCUCUACUGUCCUCCAAUUAGCUUCCGAGGCCCCAAGAAGAAAGCGAGCUUUUGGACGUUCGGCGUCGACUGCUACAUCGCGAGCCACUUUCAAGCGAGCUCCGAGCCGCAAGAUUUCUACCAGAUCUCUGAAGACCGUCUCUUCCAGUGCUUCUCAGCGCAGUACCAGCAGAAUCCGAGCAGCUACUAAUCGUCUACCUGGCAACAAGGACAGAAGAUGGAUGGAUGAGGCGGGUGACAUGCUCACUCUUCCACCGGGUCUAGCCGACAUAGCUGAAGACGAGGAAGGUGGGAGAGCUGCUGAACUGCUGAAGAGGAAGGAAUGGGAGCGAGCGGAGAAAUGGAGAAAGAUGGCAAGAAUUGUCAAGACGGGUAAGGAUGGUGAAGGAAUGGCUUUCGAGUUCGAUACUACCAACGCAAAGCUCAUCGAGCGAACCUGGAAAGGCAUUCCUGACAGAUGGCGAGCUUCUGCUUGGCACUCGUUCCUGAGCGCAUCCGCAAAGAAGAGAAAGGACAGUGCGACUGAUGAGCAAAUCAUUGCUGCUUUCUACUCACUUCUGGACCAGAGCUCUGCCGAUGAUCUACAGAUCGAUCUGGAUGUACCCAGAACGAUCAACAGUCACAUCAUGUUCCGCAGAAGGUAUCGAGGCGGUCAGCGAUUGCUGUUCAGGGUUCUGCAUUGCUUGUCUCUGUACUUUCCUGAGACGGGCUAUGUUCAAGGCAUGGCAUCACUGGCCGCGACACUUCUUUGCUACUAUGACGAGGAGAUGACUUUUGUCAUGUUGGCUCGAAUGUGGACGUUGAGAGGGCUUGACAAGUUAUACGAACCAGGGUUCCCGGGUUUAAUGGCUGCUCUGGAUGAGUUCCAGAAACAGUGGCUGUCGUCUGGCCCGGUUUCCGAGAAACUCAGCGAAAUGAACAUCGAGCCCACUGCCUAUGGCACUCGCUGGUAUCUUACCCUCUUCAACUACUCCAUCCCCUUCGCAGCCCAACUCCGUGUUUGGGAUGUCUUCAUGCUCCUUGGCGAUCCACUUCCCACUGUCAAACCAACCACCGAACGCCCGUUCGCAGGUGGUCUCGACAUCCUCCACGCUACGAGCGCCGCACUCAUCGAUGGGACUCGCGAGAUUCUCCUUGACAGCGAUUUCGAGAACGCUAUGAAAGUUCUCACCAGCUGGAUACCAGUCAAGGAUGAGGAAUUGAUGAUGAAAGUGACUCGCGCAGAGUGGAAGCUGCACCGUGGGAGGAAGCGGUGA